UUUCCCGACAACAUGGCCCUCACCUAUUAAAUGAAAUUAAGCCUAUCCCGUGGCUGCCAUUUUUUUCUAGUGUUUUCCGCGCGGGUCCAAACCAGCUGGGAACCCACACUACCAAACAUUUUUUUUUUUUUUAAUUUGAGGGGAGCUUUUAUUUUAGAGGCGGUGCUUGUUGGCUCCGGAGUAGUGUCGUAACUCCCAGAGUCCCCGUGAAAAGAGUUUGUCCAGGGCCAGAGUUGCUGGUGCAAAGAGGGGGGUUGCCUUGCUUAUAGAGCCGUUCCGAGGGGGGUAACUACCGCCUUUUGUCCCUCCUUAUACAUCAUUUUUUUUUACAUUUAUUUUUUAUUUUAUUUAAAAAAAAAAACCAGAUUAUCCAUCCCUCGCCCGGAGAUUUCCUUCCCUUCUCCUCCUGUCAGACCAUGAACAAACUAUAUGUCGGGAAUUUAAGUCCUUCGGUCACAGUGGAGGACUUGCAGCAGCUCUUCGGGGAGAGGAAGCUGCCUGUGGCCGAGCAGGUCCUCCUCAAAUCCGGCUAUGCCUUUGUGGACUUCCCGGACCAGAACUGGGCCGUGAAGGCAAUAGAGACUCUUUCUGGUAAAGUGGAAUUGCACGGAAAGGUGAUAGAAGUGGACUACUCCGUUCCCAAAAAACUAAGGAGUCGGAAGAUCCAGAUCCGGAACAUUCCCCCUCAUCUACAGUGGGAGGAUUUUGAUGGCCUUCUUGCUCAAUAUGGUACUGUAGAAAACGUGGAACAAGUCAACACUGACACAGAAACGGCGGUGGUGAAUGUUACAUACGCAACCAAGGAGGAAGCUAAAGAAGCCAUUGAAAAGUUGACAGGUCAGCAGUGUGAAGACUACUCCUUAAAGGUGUCCUACAUUAUGGACUCGGAGGCCGCGCCUCCCGCCCAGGCUCCCCGAGGUCGACGCGGCGGAGGCGGCGGAGGCGGCGGCGGCGGCCGAUUGUGGCGGGACCAGGGACCCCCUCAGCCAGGGCCCUCCGGAGGCUUCGAUGGCCCGCGUCCUCGCCAGCAACACGAUUUCCCACUGCGCAUGUUGGUGCCCACCCAGUUUGUGGGCGCCAUCAUCGGCAAGGAAGGACUCACCAUCAAGAAUGUCACCAAACAGACACAGUCCAAAGUUGACAUCCAUCGGAAGGAAAAUGCAGGAGCGGCAGAGAAGCCGAUCACCAUCCACUCCUCUCCUGAAGGCUGCUCCUCGGCCUGUCGCAUGAUCCUGGACAUCAUGCAGAAGGAAGCCAACGAGACCAAGACGACGGAGGACAUCCCUCUCAAAAUCCUGGCCCACAACAGCCUGGUGGGCCGCCUCAUUGGGAAGGAGGGCCGUAAUCUGAAGAAAAUCGAGGAGGAGACCGGGACCAAGAUAACCAUCUCCUCGUUACAGGACUUAACCAUUUACAACCCAGAGAGGACCAUCACGGUGAAGGGGAACUUGGAGGCGUGUUGUAAAGCGGAGGCGGAGAUCAUGAAGAAACUGAGGGAAGCCUACGAGAACGACAUUGCUGCUAUCAACCAACAGGCCAACCUCAUACCUGGCUUGAACCUCAACGCCCUGGGCAUCUUCUCCUCUGGUCUGCCAGUGGGGCCCCCUGCUGCUUCCGGACCUCGCGGCUCAGCCCCUCCUGUGGCACCAGCGGGAUACAACCCUUUCUUAAGUCACUCUUCACAUCUCAGUGGUCUGUACGGGGUUCCUCCAGCAAGUGCCGGCCCCCACCAGCACUCGGCUCCAGAACAGGAGGUCGUCUACCUCUUUAUUCCAACUCAGGCGGUGGGAGCUCUUAUAGGCAAGAAGGGCCAGCACAUCAAGCAGCUCGCCCACUUCGCUGGAGCCUCCAUCAAGAUCGCUCCGGCCGAGAGCCCGGAUGUGACUGAGAGGAUGGUGAUCAUUACUGGAACCCCAGAGGCUCAGUUUAAGGCCCAAGGUCGGAUAUUUGGGAAGCUGAAAGAGGAGAACUUCUUCACGGCCAAAGAGGAAGUCAAACUCGAAACACACAUCAAGGUUCCUUCAAGUGCAGCCGGCCGGGUCAUUGGGAAAGGAGGCAAGACGGUGAAUGAGCUUCAGAACCUGACAAGCGCUGAGGUCAUCGUACCGCGGGACCAAACUCCAGACGAGAACGAUGAGGUGUUUGUGAAGAUCAGCGGGCAUUUCUUCGCCAGCCAGACUGCACAGAGGAAGAUCCGGGAGAUCAUUCAGCAGGUUAAACAGCAGGAACAGAAGCACCAGCGAGGCGCCGCCGGGUCACCGCAACAAUCCAAGACGGCGCCGGCGGUCGCCACCCAAUGAAUGUAGCCCCUCCCGAACGGACAGAGACCUCUACCCAGACUUAAGGCCACGGCCCAAGAGGGACCUGCAGGGCAGACCAGCAGCAGCAGCAGUGCCGGGGGAACAAAAACCAAAGAAGUUCACUAAGGAGGAGAACGCGAGUGAGAGCCAAAGGCUUGUGAGCAUUGUGUGCACUGCCAGCCCUGCCACGGCACACAGAGGAGGAUACUGAUAUUGCAAGGUAAAGGAGGAGCGAGCACCUGCGUAAUGUUCUCUUUAAGUGGGAUUAACAUAGACCUAACAUGAAUGACACUGUACUAGUAUGUGCUUAGAACAAGAGCGAGGUGAACUAGCCUUAGCAGUAUUAGUACAGGGUAGAAGACUAUAUUGACAUCUGCAAAAAGCAAAAAUAUAAAAGCAGUUCCCCUAUUUUGGAAAUUUGGAAACACACGAUGAAUGGUCUUGGUAACGAGUGUGUGUGUGUGUGUGAGAGAAAUGCUUCUCACCUUUUUUUUUUCUGCCAUCACUUUCUGAUCACUCUCUCAUCAAUUUUGCUUCUAGGAGGAUGAACAUAUUCAAAGGCAUGAAACUUCCCCUGAGUGCAUGCAGUCUUUAUGAUAAUGUGGUGCAACAGGUUCCACCUAUUUAAAAAAAAAAAAAUAUAUAUAUAUAUAUCAUAUAUCCCCCCCCCCCGAAAGGCAGUGCGGUGGAUGCUUGUAAAAAUGUCCACUGCAGAGGACGCCGGAGGAUAUAUUUUAAAAUGAUUGGAACGGAAAUUAUGAAACACCUAACGGAAAUAGACUUUUCGGUAACACUUUAGUAUGGGGAAAAUAUUCACCAUUAAUUAGUUGCUUAUUAAAGUAACAAAUACUUAAUUUAGAGUUAUUUGGACAUUAGGGGAACCAUAUAAGGGUUAGACUUAGACUUAGACUUAGACUUCCUUUUUAUUGUCAUUCAAAUUUGAACUUUACAGUACAGAUAAGAACGAAAUUUCGUUGCAUUAAUUAGUUGCGUAUUAAAGUAACAGAGACUUAAUUUAGAGUUAUUUGGACACAAGGGGAACAUAUAAGGGUUAGUUAGGGUUAGGGUUACUAAUAAGCAAUAAUUCUGAGGUUAUGGGUUAUGGGUAGAGAUGUGCGUUAAAAUGUAAUAUCGAAAAUUAUCGGUAUCGUUUGUUUUUUUUAUCGGUAUCGUUAUUUUAUUUUUUUUUUGUAUUUUUUUUUUGUAUUUUUUUUAAAUUAAAUCAACAUAAAAAACACAAGAUACACUUACAAUUAGAGCACCAACCCAAAAGACCUCCCUCCCCCAUUUACACUCAUUCACACAAAAGGGUUGUUUCUUUCUGUUAUUAAUAUUCUGGUUCCUACAUUAUAUAUCAAUAUAUAUCAAUACAGUCUGCAAGGGAUACAGUCCGUAAGCACACAUGAUUGUGCGUGCUGCUGGUCCACUAAUAGUAUUAACCUUUAACAGUUUUAUUAAUUUUCAUUAAUUACUAGUUUCAAUGUAACUGUUUUUAUAUUGUUUUACUUUCUUUUUUAUUCAAGAAUUAAAAAAAAAAAAGUAUUUAUCUUAUUUUUUUUUUUUUUUAAAGUACCUUAACUUCACCAUACCUGGUUGUCCAAAUUAGGCAUAAUAAAGUGUUAAUUCCACGACUGUAUAUAUCGGUUGAUAUCGGUAUCUGUGAUUAAAGAGUUGGACAAUAUCGGAUAUCGGCAAAAAGCCAUUAUCGGACAUCCCUAGUUAUGGGUUAUACUUGUAAAGCUCUUUUCUACCUUCAAGGUACUCAAAGCGCUUUGACACUAUUUCCACAUUCACCCAUUCAUUCACACACUGAUGGCGGGACCUGCCAUGCAAGGGCCUAACCACCACCCAUCAGGAGCAAGGGUGAAGUGUCUUGCUCAAGGACACAAUGGACGUGACGUGAUUGGUAGAAGGCUGGGGAUUGAACCAGGAACCCUCAGGUCGUUGGCACGGCCACUCUCCCAAGCGCGCCACGCCGUCCCGUUAUUGAGGGAAGACUCUUAGUUAAUGGCUUACUGGUUGUAUAAUAAGGCCAUGCAGAAUAAGACAUUAAUAAGUACUUAAUAAUGACUAAUUAAGAGCCAAUAUGUUACUAAUUUGCAUGUUAAUAAUAAGCAACUAAUUAAUGGUGAAUAUGUUCCCCAUACUAAAGUGUUACCGACUUUUUCCAUGUGAUGUCGGAACACUUGGUGAGCAUCUGCUUUAUGGAUUCGCUAAUGGAAUAAGACACGCUUGACUAUAAAUGCCAUUUGUGGCGCCCCCCGCAGGUUGUGGUUAGAAUGCUUGCAUACAUGUUAUAGACUGAGACAAACUUUAUUGAUCCACAAGGGAAAUUGUUCCACACAGUAGCUCGGUUACAAAUGAUUUAAAGGAUAAGGAUGGAAAGGAUAAUGCACACGAGGGCACAAAAAGAGUGCGAAAACAAAAGGUAUAAAAAAUGUACCAUAGUAGCAAUAUAAAUAUAACAUAUAUUUCAUAUUUACAUAUUAUAUAUACAGUAUCAGGGCUCGAAUUUAACCACUGCAACCGCCCUUGUCGUGAUGCCUUAAAAAAAUUGACCAGCAUCGACGGCAAGAACAUCGACUUUUUACUUAUUAAUGGACAAUUGUCACGCAAUUGUUUCGUCGAAUAAAUUUAUAAAAAACACUCCAAGAUUACUUUUUUUCUUACAUUUUCAACUGUUAAAGACAUCGCAUAAUUAACGUUAAUCGGUACAAACAACAUGGGCGCAGGUAAAGGGACUAU